CUCAUUUCGAACCACAGUAUGCGCUGAAAUAUCGUGGACGAGAAUAUCGAAGCGGACGCCUGGUGAAACAAAAUACCAAACUCUACCGUCUCCGUUUCGGUUUCCAAACAAUCCAUCUCCGAAGCGGACACGAAGCUUAACCGAACAAUUCCGACUCCGUUUCAACGACGUCAUCACCCGUGGCUUUCCGUGGCAGGGCUUGCCUGAAGGAUGCAAUCAGCGAAGCGGCAUGCUGCCAAGCACAUCAGUUAACAUUCGUUCGCGCGACGGUGCGGACACGGACAGACGAACGCGCGUACAACAUUGCCUUCUUUGCGAGCCCUUGCGAGGUGUGUCACCGUUGUUCUGGCGUCGUUGUGUUUUUACGCGGAAAAUGCGAAACACGCCUGCUUUACGCCAGUGUCUUUAGUGCGCCAAAAAACGAGAUAGAAGAAAAAAGAAGAUCCCAUCCCGCACACGCGUGCACAAAAGGAUACACGCUGUUUGCGGAUUGUGGUUGGUCUCAUAAUUCUACGCUCUUACCCAUCGGCGGGAAGCAAGGGACCCGUGAGAGGGGGGGAUUUCAGGCACUUUCCCGCUCGUGGUGAAUCGUUAAUUGGUGCUUAAUUGUGCGCGUCAUCACUGGGGCGUUGGGCCUCUGGGUGUGCUCUGCCCCUUGUGUUGUGUGGUGUGUGUGUAUGUUGCAGGAGUGCAAGGAAAGGUGAGAAGAGAAGGAAGUGGGGGAUAAAAAUUCCCUGCGGAUAUUGCCGGCGCCUUCCAGCGAUAAUCCACACUGGUAAAACACACGAAGCCCGACAGGCAGAGUCAGAGCCAAGCGCACCGUAAGCGCAGGUGUUUGUUCAGUGUUUCAGAAGAGUUUUUGGAUUUUAUCACCGUCACAUCGCAUCGCUCGUCAUCGGUUAAGAACUUUUUCGCAACUUUUACCUAGAAAGCGCCAUACAUUUAAGGGCAUCAAUCUGCUACCGGGGCACGCUCACCAGCACUAGCAGCAGCAGCAGCCUGCCGGUCGCCCGCCAUGGAUUACAUCAAAGAGCUCGAUAUUCGACUCGACAAGGAGCACUACUACGCCGGUGAAGUGCUCUCGGGGCGAGUCAUAAUGCACACGACGGAAAAUUUCAAGCUCAAGUCCAUCCGCCUAUUGCUCAGGGGUAAAGCGCACGUCGAGUGGAAGGUGUUCGUGUCCGGAGACAAAAGAACGGUGAAGGACGAUCAGGUCUACAUCGACGAGCGGGCCGUCAUAUGGGGCGAGCGGGCGGGCGAAGGGCUGGACGUGACCGUACCGGUGCUAGUGCGCGGUCAGCAUCAGUUCCCGUUCCGCUUCAACAUCCCCGAAACCAACCUGCCCUGUAGCUUCGAGUCACGUGCCUGUUACAUCCGUUACUUCGUUAAGGUGACGAUUGAUAUACCGUACGCCUCACCACCGCAAGGAAUCAAGUACUUCACCAUCAUCGGCCCCCACAUAGACUGUAUGGAUGAGCAAUAUCUGAAACCGGUCUCGGGACAGGACAAGAAGGUCAAGUGUUGCCUGUGCUGUGCCAAAGGACCCGUCACGCUCAGCUGUUCCCUCGACCGGACGGCGUUCUGUUGCGGUGAAACGCUCAAGCUGAAAUCGAUCAUCGACAAUCAGGGCGAGGAAGCAGUCAAGCUGAAGGUGCGCCUGCUGCAGUACUGCGAGUUUUUCGUCGAGCGGGGCGUGCUCGGCGUCACGAAGGAGGUGCAGCAUCUGGUGCUCGAGUACAAGGGCGAAACGGUGGUGCCGAACGAGCGGCAGGACACCUGCGCCAACCUGCGCAUCCCGACCGUGCCGACCACGACGAUGGGCGUCUGCCGGUUGGCACAGAUCUACUACACACUCGUGGCCUGCUUGGAGUUCGAUAAAUCAGGCGACGACUUGCAAAUUAACUUCCCCAUCACGAUCGGCACAGUGCCGUUCCGAAUACCGAACAGCAAUCUUCAACCGCACAUAGGAUACGAUGUAGCGAUCGAUCACGUCGAGGGUGGCACCUACAUUGGGCCCGAGUUCCUGCUCGGUGAGGUGUACGAUGGGUGCAAUGUGAGCGACAACGAGCACCGGGAUCUGGCACCACUCUACCGUCCCGUCUACCUGACCGUCGUCCGCAGCUCGCAGCAAAUAUCGGCCAAAGCGGUCGAGCGCAACAACCGGCAGCAAUCGGCGGCGGCCGUGCUCGGCGGUGGUGGUGGUGUCAAUCCCACCCCUUCCUCAUCAAUGGAUGGUGGUGGUGGAGCGGCAAGUGGCAGUAGUAGCAGUGGCCAGAAUGGUGCAAGAACCUCAAUGGACGCCAGGCAUGAGCUCCAGCGGUACCGGAAGUAGUGCGAGCUGGGAAUGGGUUAAUGCACACAGACACAUGCACAUGUGCCACACCUACUACGGACCGGUACACGCAAGAAAGCACAGGUCAUUUCGGACGUAUUCCGGUCCAAAAGCGUGUCAACAAACCCCUGAAACCCCUUUCUAGGAAACCGGAACUGCUGGAAAAGAAAAGCAAAAAAGGGAAAAACGAAACAGUUAAGGAUGGAUUGGAGAGUUGGGGUUGGAAGGUAGCUUUGAAGGACACUUUUCUAGUCUCCGCCAUCGUUCGUUUUGGUCCCUUUUUUCGAACCACCCACCACCAUCCCCAAAAGCAACAGAACCUUCUGGAUCCAAGGCAAAGAAGAAAUGGAUGGCGCUCAAGUAGAGAGUGUAAAAGGCACAACAAAAUUAAGAACAACAACGAACGAGCGGCCAAAAAAGUUAGCAAACCAGGGCGCAGGCAAGCGUUUUGUUGUUGAGAAAAGACUCCUCCAGAAACAGGUGAAGAAAAGAAUUACCUCCCCCAAAUGUACCGGUAGAGAGUGGAGAGAGUUCACCAAGAAUAGAGAGUUUGAAGAGUAAACAAGAUUGUACAAGGUUGCAGCAUAGAAUAGAGGAAGGUUUGAAGAGGCUUGAGGACAUUUCUGGGAAGGGGGGGGGGGGUGGAGGGCAAAUACACACCCGAUACCGACACCACCCACGUGUUUACGUUCAAUUCGUCCGCUGCCUGCAGAGCUUUAAACGAAACGAGCGACAGAGAAGCUGGAUCCAGCCAUCCCAGGUCGGGUCAAACUAAUUAAAAGAACACAAACAGGAGACAUGAGUGUAUGUGUGUGUGUGAUUGUUUCAAAGAGACCUUAGGGACAGCCCCGAACGUGCCAAAGAUUUCGCCACUACACUACCAGGUAGAGAUAGAUGUUCCCAGUUUUCAGUUCUUCAGUGUAGCUGCAAUGGAGUAGCGAUUUUCGGUGUUUUAGUAGGUAUCGACCACCACGCGCCUCGUAACAUAACUCACCUCACGUUUUAGAUGUUGCGUCUGCUUGUCCCGUGUCCAAUUUGAAUGUCCAUCGUGUGUUCCAUCGUCCUUCGGUAUUUUAGGUUCAUUUCCUCCCCUAACUCAAUGGUUUGAGCCACCGUGCAGCAGCGGCAUCCCCGCCCCGUUCGUUACCUGCAAAUGGACGAGUGUUUAGAACAUGUGUAGAGCAUUAUAUGUGGGUUUCUCUCCUUAUCGGUUUCAGUAGUGCAUCCCAGCAGCGGAUUUUUUGCAAUAAAAAGUGGAAAACUUUUUCUAAAAAAAUAGAUAAAAAAAACACAGCCACCAUAUUUUGUGUGAGAUAAGAGGGUCUGUACGCGUACACACCUCCGCAGUACCCAGAGUACGGUAGUAGUUGUAUGUCGUGUAACGUUUGCAUUAAAGAAAGGAACCUUUUUCGGCUCAGUUUCUUAGCCUCAGUUUUCGC